AUGGAAUCUCAGGCUUCACUGGAACGUGUUAGUCUCAGAGGAGCAGGAGGAGCCGUGUGUCUCGUAUGCAAAGAGAGCUGCUCUGGAUUUCAGCCACAUUCUUGGAGGAAGGCCUGUGUGGCCUGCGGCUGCAGCACGGUGGACCACGCCCCCGGAGGUGACCUUGAGGAUGACCAGCGAAUGGGACGCCUGCUCGCAGACUCACCCUGCUCCCACUUGACAGCGAAGGUCAAGGGAGGAGGCGGCCUUCGCACGUACAAGAGGAACCGUAUGAUCGUGACGAAUCCGGUGGUGUCACGCAAAGACCCGACCUUCAGCACCACGACGUACGACUGGGCGCCGGCCGGCUUCAACCAGAAACUGGCCAUGACGUACAUGGAGCUGAUCCCGGAGAGUCUACGUCCGGUCUCGGGAACGGAUGGAGCGCUGGAGCGACGCCGGCAGCUCCUCAGCCAGCUCCCCCCCUACGACCAGGACCCCAUGAAGUGUCAGAGCCUGGCCAGUGAGGAGGAGAUUUCCUCCAUGCUGCUGUUUGUGCAGAACUACAAACAGGAAGUGCUCGGAGUCGGAGAGGUGGCCAUACCUGGCGAGGGCGGAGCUCUGAGGGAAGCAGCCAACCAGAGGACAGCGAAGGAAGCGAAGGAUCGCAGCAACAGCGAUAAGAAAGAUGGUCUGGAGCACCAGGACCACGGCUCCACCAGUAGCAGCACUUCUUCUGCUACUGGUUCCACUAACGGCACCGAUCACACCAAGACUGAUCAUAGGUGCUCUGGUUGCCACGGCGAGGUUGCCACGGAGAGUCCGGCUGUUUAUGCUGAGCGUGCGGGUUACCAUGGCGCCCUGUGGCAUCCCACCUGCUUCGUGUGUUCAGAGUGUGGCCAGGGAUUGGUGGACCUAGUCUACUUCUGGUCCAAUCAGAAGCUGCUCUGCGGACGACACUACUGUCAGUCGGUUUGGCCGCGAUGCUCCGGAUGUGAUGAGUUGAUCUUCUGCCAGUCUCUUCAUAAAGCAAAAGAUGGACGGACAUGGCAUCUUCAUCACUGCUGCUGCUGGAAGUGCGGACAGAACCUGGAAACCCCCUGUCAGCACUGA